UGACGCCGUCCCGUCCAAAACAAAACAUGACGCCAUGUUCGUCUGAAACAUAGACAUAGUUAUCAGAUGCUUGUUACAAGUGCACUUAUAUUUAUCAUUUUAUUUAAAGCAUCUAAAAUGUCAUUUUUCCAAAAACUCAUGAGAAGAAAAUCAAAAUCGGAUAGCAAAGAAAUCGCCAUCAACUCUUUCAAAACAGAAAGUGAUGCCGUCUACGAGAAAAGCUCAGGAAAGGAAAUGAAUUCUUUAUCAAAAAAUAAUGUUUUCGAGCCUCGAAGCUUUAGAAGAAAAGAAGGAAGAGAUGGUGAUAUCCCUGAUAUUUCAUCGGAUUCUGAUGAUGAUAGUGAAGGCACGUCGGAAGAAUUUGGGGAUCAGGUUGCUGAAAACAGUAAACUAAAGCUGAUAUCACAGAUAUACAAACUAAGGAAACAACGUGAUAAGUUGCGCAGACGACAGACGGAUAUACUUACUAUAGAGAAAGAGAUCCGCGAGGUGAUAGCACUAAUAGCGGCAACAAAACAACAAGCAGCGGCCCUCAAGGAAGAUCUUCUCAAUAAGAAAUGUGAACUCAAGUUUUUGGCAUCAGAAGUCCCGGAGGGAUACGAAAUCGAGGCAAAGAAAAAGGAAUCCGUGUUCUAUAAGAAAUAUUGCAACGUGAAAACCACUAUUGAAGCAAGGGACCUCUUGGGGACUGUCAGACAAAAAAUUAAAGUUUUACAGUACAUUGAACUGCUAACAUACAACAAAUAUCUUGAAUGUAAACAUGAGACAAAAUCCAGCUCUGUAAAAAAUCGUUCUAAUAUUCUGUCGAAAAAUAAGAAACGUCACUUUGGGCCAUUGAUGGAUGCUAUUCAGUUUGCUAGCGCAGAGAAAAACAGCCCUCCGAGAUCAAAUGCUGCCGAACAGGGGGCAGCAGACGACAUUCCGCUCCAAACGAUUGUGACUAUAGAACCGUCAACGACACCAGAGGCGCCACCUACACCAUCGCCAUUCCAAGGACCUUUACUUCCGGCGCAUUUAAUUCGCGGGCCUCUGUCCCUGGCAUCGUCAGCUAACAUGACACCGGAAACAAUUGUCUAAAAUGGUUUUUGGAAAAUAAAACUUCUGCCGUAAUAAAAUA